UAUUCUUGUUAUCAUCUGCUCUUUUAGAGUAGAUAUCAGAGGUUCGCGCCAGAUUUGUAAACACAUUUUAUUUAAUAAAUAUAUGUGAAUUAUCUCAAAAUGCCGCUUCUAGGUAAAAAGGUAUUUACCAUAGGAGCCGAUUCUCCAAAUAAAGAGACAGAAGAUGCACCGUACUUUAUUCCGCAUACCAAAGAACGGUUCCAAUCAAAGUCGUAUCCUUUCUCAUUUCUGAGUUUCUCAGACGUUCCGGCCUUCACUCUUCCCGGCAGUGCCAACAAUUGUUAUAUCAUGAGUUUUUAUUAUAUUUUUCUAACUGUUAUCUGCUUGUGUAUUGCUAAAUUGUCAUCUUAUAUUUUAAGUGUUGAAAAUAAUAAGAUUUAGAAUUUAGUAUGCUCAAGCCUGUAAUAAGUAAGGCAAAUUAUCGGCACUAAUGCUAACUCACACUGCAACAGCCACAAUACAAUAUUAUUAUAAAUAAAAUAAUAAUUAUUAAUUAAAUUAUUAUAUAAUUCAUUAAUUGACAUCUAAAAAAGGGUCAUUUACAAUGACUGUAAAAAUGGUCUAUGUGUAAUCAGUGUGUAUACUUCUUAAUUAUUUGAGUUUGAGUGAAUGUAAAUACACUCCCUAAAUCUAAAUGAACUAAUUGAAAAUGGAAGGCAUGGAUAUGGAGUUAAUCCUCACAGAGUGUACUGUUUUUAGUUAGCCUAAUUCAGCAGUUUUCCAACAAAUUCAGGGUUGUGACCUGGUACCAGGCCACAACAAGAAAACUUAAACCUACCUACCUACAUUAGCUACUUCAACUUCGAUAAUCGUUUGCAUACAGUUCUGCGCAGGUAAAACAAUUACACAAAUACUUUUCCAAGAUAUUUAAUUGGGUACCGCUGGCUAUGCAUUGGUUGUUUUUGGAAAAUUAUAUAGUAGGCCACAUUUGUCCAUUUAAAAUUGCUUUCAUCAGUCAUGAUCAGUUACAUAUCAGUUUUUGUGUUCUGGGUGAUUCUAUGAAAUUAUAUUUAUGUUGCAAGUUGAUUUUUUGUGUCACGGACAGGAUUAUCAUAACAGUACUCAUAACCAUUCAGUAAGCAUAGAUCACAUAAAUACUUUUGGUAAAUUUUGACUACGAUUGCCACUAUUUUCUCAAUGGCUGCCAUCUUGGUUAACACGUCACGUGAAGUCAUCUAUCCCUAUGCCUAACCUGAACCCUAAAUCGAUCCCUAUGCCUAACCUGAAACCCUAAAUUGAUCCCCAUGCCUAACCUGAACCCUAAAUCGAUCCCUGUGGCUAACCUGAACCCUAAAUCGAUCCCUAAAUUAAUUUAGUAAAAAUAAACAAAGGGAAGUCACUCCCUGGAAAAUAAGUCGUGGCAAUCGUUACUAGAAUUAGCCAUACUUUUUUGUUACUUAUUCUUUAAAAAUAAAUUUUAGUUCCAUUGAAACAAUUUCUGUCUUAAAAGAAAUGUAAUGUAAGUUACAGACCUGCAACCCUUCCGAUUUUGUCGGAAUUAUACAGAUUUUUUACCCCUCAUUCUGACCUUCCGACAAACCCCUUAACAUUCCGAUUUUUCGAACAUUAUAAUUUUUCACCCUUCAUAAAAAACCGAAAGGACCAAAAAAAAAAAAAAAAAAGAUCGGGUAAAACAGGAAGUGUUGCAUUUGUUUUUACGGAGUGUCUACAUGUUCAGCGACCGGACGAAUAAGUGAAUAAAUUCUGGAGAUAUUCGUCCGGCUAGUCAUUCGACCAAGUCACAUGACCACCGUAACAGAGUUGCGCGAGAUAUUUGUCCAUCAGCCUUGUCAUGUGACCGCUAAUUGUCGAUCAAAGUUUACGGUACUUCAUUUCAACAAAUUCAAAAUAGUCUGGGCAUUUACAUGAAAAAGAAAUAUGUUCACUUAAAAAAAAGAAAUGCUAGAACCAUAAAUAAUGAACAAUUGGUUAAAAAAUGACAAUGUUUUUUAUAAAGCUUGGCAUGUCUGGUGGAUAAAUAUCUCCCGCACUUUUUGUCCGGUCGUCUGAUGUGUAGACACUGACUUGUUUUUAUCGAAGCGAACAGCGAUCUUCAAAUCAUUUUUCAAUCAUCAAUCGAUCCCAUCGCGAUUCAUCCUUUUUACAAGGCUAAAAAAUAAUCCCAACUUUUUUGUUUUUGUUAAAGCUUUUCUUAAUUAAAUGGUUAAAUCUAUUCAAAGUGAUGGGUACAAUGAUAUUAAUAAACAUUAAGGGAAAUAAUUCUAUAGCCCUAGCCAACUCCGAUGGUUUUGAUUUUAAUGCCAGAGUCAAAGAAAUGUUUCCAGACUUACAGAAUGCUAGAAGAUUUUAAAGAAAAAUUAGAAUGAAACAAGGGCAAGCAUGAAAAUGUAUACUUUUUCUAACUUGCUUGUAACCAAAAUCAACUGCAAUGUUAACCUUCAGUUGGUCCAAAGAGCUGUUGGACAAAUGCAAAAAGGCCACUAUCACUAGGGAUAUGCUGGAAUACUGAACUCUUACUAAGAGUCUUAGCAGCCUGUCUGUGUGUACAUAUGUAAAUAAAAUGGAUCUUCUGUUCUGUACUGUAUAUAUCUGUAUAUAAACAUUUCUAGUAAUGUUUACAUCAUGUUCUGUGGUGUUCUAUGGACCCUUCAAAGACAAUGGAGGUAACUUUAUAUUUCUUUAUUUACUAAAAAAGGCGUGUACAUUAGUAUAUAGAUCUUAAACCAAUCCCCCCCGGGGUGCCUCCCCUGGGGGGGGGGGGGGCAGCGGCCCCCACUUCCCCUUGUUGUUGUUGAUAUGUCCUCAAAUCAAGUUAAAAGUUCAUUUUUUUAUAAUAUUUCUUUAUUUACUAAAAAAGGCGUGUACAUUAGUAUAUAGAUCUUAAACCAAUCCCCCACGGGGUGCCUCCCCUGGGGGGGGGGGGGCAGCGGCCCCCACUUCCCCUUGUUGUUGUUGAUAUGUCCUCAAAUCAAGUUAAAAGUUCAUUUUUUUAUUUGAUCAAGAUGCUGAAAAUGGAUCUUAUCACUGUCAAUUAUGAAGUGAUUCAUUAUUGUUAGUGAUUCAAUGGAAUUUUUAAAAGAUAACCAAACUUGAAAUUGUUGAGUGCCCAUUUUAUAUGCUCUUCAUUAUUUAAUCAAUAAUUAAAAGUUUAAUAAUACUGGGGGGCAAAAACAUCACCAGCUCCCCGGGUGGAUGGGACUCAUCAACCUUGGAUGGCAACUCAUCUGAGAGAAGGAAACUCUAAAUUUUAACCCGGAGAUGGAGUCCUGUAGGCGGAUAACAUUGGUACAAUGAAACAUUCUGACAACUCCUACGACGCCAAGCUGUAUCAUCAACAUGAUGCUCCCUUGGGUUUAUCCAACGGCGUGGAGAGAAGGGAUUUGCUAUUGGGAACCAGCUUUUAAUCUUAGAAGAAUAAUCCCAGGUCUUGUGGAUAUCGUCCUGCGAAUUCCACACCAUCGUCACAUUGUGCCGGACAGAUGCCAGCAAAAAAAUAGUAAUUAGUAAUAGCAAUAAUCAUAAAUGUUAUUCUCUCAUUAAUGACUACUCAUAUGGGAGAACAUUACUAAAAUUAGGCCUACAUUACAUAUAAGCUAUUUCAACAGAUCAUCAGCUAUUAUAAUCCUUAAGUCUAUUUAGGUAUGAUUUUAUUUUAUGCUUCCCCCCCAGGGAUUUGUUACACAAAAGAUAUUGUUUUUGAUUUGUCUUAUAGAGAUUGUCGCAACCAUCAACAAGAAGACUGUAGAUCAGUCUACUCAGAAAAUUACAGGUAGAUCAUCCUCAUUACGUUUAAUAAAUCCAGAGGGUUAAAUUAUACCUUUGAACUUAAUCAUGUGUUUGCUCUAUAAUUUUUCCUUGGUAUGAUACUUAUUUGGGUUAAGGGGUUUGAGGCACUGGCACUGGGUACAGUAAACAUAAGGACACAUGGUUGUCUAUUUAUUGUCCAAAGAUACUCACACUGAUUGUAGUAUGCCUGGGCUGGGGCUCCUUUACCUCCAUGGGCUGAAAGAUUUGAACAAAUUGUUAUACAACUUAAAACUAUUUAAUUUGUUUAGUUGAACCUAUUCCUGAUGGCAGUGCUACUUCCAUACCUUAGUUAUAUUCCCAAGAAAGGGAAGUAACUCCGUUUUGCAAUUGAUUUACAAUGGCAAAAUAUUUUUUUAAGCUGCUGAAUAUUAAUUAAUAUUAAUGGAUUAAGGAUAAAUGCAUCCAGAAAUGAACAAGUUUUAAAAAAAAAACAUUAACAUCGUACAAAUAAUGAGCAAUUGCCAAAAAAUGGAUUUUUUAUAUCUCGGUUGAACACAUGCUGUAUAUACAGAAGAACCGUACUAAAGCUCACAUAGAUUGAAAAUGAAACAAGAUAAACAAAAAUGAGAUGUGUGUCGCUUUGUGCCGGGGUGCAUCUGUCGGGACUCCCGAAUGACGCAUUUAGAGGCAACUGUCAGGAAUGUGUUAAACUUCUUCAUUAGUGAAUUAAUUUUUUAAACAAGGUCAUGAUGCGAUGUACUGGCACAUAAGGGAAGAUAAUUAUAAUUAAAAAAUGUAAUGGUUUGGGCUGGGGACUAAUUGUGGAUGCCUUUAUGACUCUUAAAGUAUGACAUUAACAAUUAUUAUUAAAACUCUAUACGCCCUGGUCUGUAGACAACAUAUUGAGAAUACCUGUCCUAGUCAUAAUACAUUUCAUUCAAUACAUAAAAACAACUUUCAGUUGCUGGAUCAGGAUGAUUGUAUUCUAAUUUUUCUCACUUCCCACAACCCUCCAGUCACCUUAACCUCUCUCACUUCCUCUCACCUACCAUCUCCAUGUUCUCCCUUAGUCCUUUCCCAUCACCUGUGCUUUUGCAACCACUCUCCCACCCAAACAUCCAACACCUUCUUGCCUUUUCCUUCACCUAACUUUACCUUCUCCCAAUCCUACAAAUACUACAAUCUCAUCCUUAAAUCUCCCCUGGACUGUGCUCUCUACUUGACUUUGAAACCCCCUCCCUCUCCCCGCUAUUUCUCUCCCUAACAACUUAAUAUCUCAUCUGUCAACCCUUAUGGUUUUGUCUUAACCCCAUCUGGUCUACCUAGUCCCCACCACAACCCAACCUAUCUACAGUCCCAUUAUUCUCCCAUCCCCACCAUACAUCCCACACUGGCUUCUUCCACUGCCCCCUCCAACGAACCCUCAUUGCUGUCCAAUAAAUACCCAAAGUUGAGCUGUAGCUCCAAGAGUUAACAUGUGGAGUGGAGCCAGAGCUGAGUUGUCACCAAAAUUACCUGCUUCAAAGCCCUGGCUUAAAAUGUUUUUCCUAGUGAACUAGGACAUAAGUAAACAUUGGAUAAACUACUUAAACUUGAAGUGAGAGAAAGGCUGCACUAUUGUUAAACAUGUGCACAUUUUUUAUUUUAUUUUUAAAAGCAACUAUACAUUUUUGUUUGUUACUUAUUAUAUUGGCCUGCAUUUUGAAAGUCACUAGCAGAUUAUCAAAUACUAGUGUUGAAUUCCUGGUAAGUAAUUAACUUUUGAUAAAUGUAAACCUUGUUGUUUUCCGUUGUUUUGCCAGAACAGUACCAUAUUCAAAACACUGCAUAUGUUCUGACAGUUAAAAAAUAUGAUUUACCUUAAGUUUUUUCCUUGACCAAAGCUAAGUGAAUAUGAAAAAAGGAAAGACCUGUACUCUCAAAAUAUAUGGACAUGCCGUGCCACAGGUCAUACGAAUUUGACUCAUGAGGAAGCUUGUAAUUCCGAACUAUUUGUGGCUGAGCAGCUGGCAUCCCAAUACCAAAAGUGCUUUGAGAAAGAUGUCCUAGAACUAGUACAUCAUAGUAAGUUUCUAUGUUGCUAACAAUAUUUUCUCAAUAUUUAGUGUGCCAUUUUUAAAGGUAUUGAUAUAUGUGAUUACCGGUACAUUGAAACUUGGCGCUUUGUCUUACUGGUCAAUCCCUUUGGAGCUUGUAAAUCUAUCUGUAUUAUAUAUAUACACAUCCUUUAUCCAUAAAAUUACAUAUAGAAAUAUAGAUUAAAAAAAUGUUAAUUAUGUUAAUUGCUUUUACAAAUUAAUUUGUUUUUAUUUAGACACUGUUAGUUUGGAAACACUUGUUGAUAAAGCAUGGUGGAAACUGCAUCAACAGUUUGUUGUUGGAGAAAAAGUUAAUUUAAAAGUAAAGGUUGCAGACAAGUUGUAAGUACCCUUUUUCAUAAAAGUAACUAUUUUGAAAAUCCUCGAGUGACAGUUUGUCAGUGAUAUUUUAAAUUUUUAAUAUUAUAAAAUAUUUUACCUCCAAGUUUCUGAUUUCAAAGAUAAUUAAGAUAUGCAAUUUUGUUACAAUACCGGUAUCAAUUACAGUUUUAUUAGGUUUAAAUAUUUUACAUAAAUUUAAAUAUUAUAUUUAAGAAACAACAAAUUUUUAAAGAGUUCAUUACAUAUUAUUAGUUUAUACUUUAAUAGUAUCGUAGGGCAAUUAGGGUUAGAGUUAAGCUAGAAGUAAGACACACCCCAAUAACUCAUUUCUGCUCAUUCCUUAGGAUUCCUGCUAAAGUGAUUGCUAUUGACUCUGUUAGUGUAGAAAAGCCAUCCUCCAGUUCAUGUAACUCUCCUUCUAGUGACAAGGAGAACAGCACCGAUGAAAAAGAGAAGGAUAAUACACCUAAAAAAUGGGUAGCUCCUAAGGUAGAGGGAAUUGUUUGAUAAUAAUGUAUAUAUUGUCUAGAAGCAAUGUCAAGAACCUUGUGAAAAAUUAAAUUAUCCAUUUGCUAUUUAUUCAGUGAAACAUUUUUUAAUUAAACAUUUUUUUUCUCCCAUCCCUUACAGAUGCUUCCCUACACUUAUAGUAUUGAACUUGAAAAUGAAGCUAAGGUCAUUCACUCUGUUCCAGGAAGUGACUUACAGUAAGUAAUAUUUUUAAAAUGCAGGUGAUGAAGAAAAAUUAUUAUAUUAAAUAGCAUUUAAAAGUGGAUAAAAUACUAUGCAGAAAAAGAUACAUUAAAAUUUGUAAUAUAUGUAAUUUAUAUAAAGUGGUGUGUGUUAUAUAUAUAUAUAUAUAUAUAUAUUAUAUAUAUUUAUAUAUAUAUAUAUAUAUAACUAGUACAAUUUAUACAGUAUUUACUUGGUUAUCUGAAUUCCUCAAUGUGACUCUUCAAUGAAUAAUAAAUAAUAAAAGUCCAGAAAGUGAAGAAAUCCCAGCAUCUUGACAUCAUCAUCACCUGUCGUCCCGUCUGGGGCAUAGGCCACAAACAAAGGCUCUCCAGGCUCAGGCAUCCCGGUCUUUGGCAAGUCUCUUCAACUGUCCCCAGUUGUGCCCAUUCUUUUUGGUCUCUGCCUCCAGUUCCCUUCUCCACGUCGUUUUGGGUCAACCUCUUUUUCUCUUGCCCUGGGGUUCCAAGUGAGGGCUUGUCUCGUGAUACUUGAUGCCGGCUUUCUGAGGGUGUGGCCAAUCCAUCUCCAUCUGCGCUGGCAGAUUAACUCUUCCACUGGUUAUUGUUUUGUGUGGUGCCAGAGAACCUUGUUGGUGAUGACAUUGGGCCAGCGAAUUCGUAAAAUCGUUCAGAGACAUGAGUUGAUAAAUGUCUGUAGCUUUUUUGAACCAGCUGCUGUCGUACGUCAUGUUUCUGCUCCAUAUAGCAAGACAGGUUUCACUGUGGUGAUGAAUACCUUGACCUUGGUCUAUUACCUCCCUCAUUCUGUUUAGCAGCAUUCUGUUGAAUACUUUGCUUGCGAUUGACAGCAGGGUUAUUCCUCUAUAGUUAAAACAAGAACUAAGGUCUCCUUUCUUCGGGAGCUUAACGAGGUGUCCUUCUUUUCAUUCAAUUGGUAUCUGUUCUUCCUCCCAUAUUUUCUUGAAUAGUGUGUGUAGCAUUUCAGUGCUAGUCGUAAUAUCUGCUGUCAAGGCUUCUGCCGGUAUUCUGUCUGGACCUACCAUUUUGCCUUUCUUUAGUUGUUUAAUUGCUCUGCAUCUUGACAAUAUAAUCUUAAAUGCACUUUAUGCCAUGGACCUAACAGACUGGUACAUCUGGUCUCAAAUAGUCCAGAUGAUAAAAUUGCUUUGUUUAUUUUUUUGGGCAAAGAUGGUGUUUAAAUAUUCUCAGAUGCUUUUGGAGUAAUGGGAUUCUAUCAUGUAUUCCACACAAAAAAAAUCAAAUUGUGGUCUUUAUCAUUGUAUCAUUAUGGUAUACUGAGCAAUUAUUUAAAUAAUAAUCCUUAUUUGUUUUAUCUGAUAGUUUUGACUUUUUAAUUAAUUGACACAGAUAACUAGAAUUCCUAAAUAUAAGAUUUAAAACAUUACUAACUAAAGUUAUAUUAUUUAUCUUCUUCUUUUAACCCGUUGACCUCGUUUUAUCGGUCUGUGCAUUAAAAAUCUACACAGUGACAGACCGAUAUUUCGGUCUCUCAUACCUUAACCUAGAUCGACAGUCAGUAUAUAAAAUGUGUUGUAAAUACUGAGUUCAGGGUCUGUCAUGUGACUUGCGAAAGGGCACACUUAUGGCCGCGCCCAUAGAUGCAUUUAAAAAAAAAAAAUGUUUUAGUAAUGUUUUUGAUAGAUAGAGGUGACAAAAAUACAAAAAUUGCUACUCUAAAUUACUCAAACCAGAGCAGGUUUAUGAUGAUGCAAAUGAUUCAAAGAAUUAUUAUCGUGUUUCGAAAAAGGAUUGAAAUAAAACAAAUAAACAAUGAUAGUAACGAUCGAUUGACUUCAACUUCCAGUGCUAUUGAUAUUUGCUUUGGGAAUAAAAUAAGCAUUAUAAGAUCUACCCCUAGUUCUAGCCCUGGCUUUUAUGAAAAAACAGGGUCGUAUAAAUGAACUUUAACUUUGUUUUUUUACAGUUUCUAAGACAUUUUUCUUCUUGUGAUAAAUUUUUUAAUACUUAUGGACUCUGACAAAUUUAGAUUUAUUUAAUUUUAUAAUCAUUUGAUUUGGUUUGCUUGUGUGUCUGUGUGUGGAAUUUCCCCCUAGGAGCCCAGGGGCAUGGGUAUUUUAGGCCAAGGAGCCAAGGCUUCAAAGGGUUAAGUGAUUGAGGGAAAGCUCUUUUGAAAUUUACAAUUAUACAUUUUAUAUUGUUUUUGGACAAAAUAAUUUCUUUCCUUAGACGCUGUGAAAAGGCUCCAUCUAAAGAUCUUCUUCGUCUGUUUAUACGUGUGUCUGCUCUGCGAUUGGGUACCACAGCAACUAGUCCAUGGGUUGUGAAUGCUGAUCUAGUCAAACAGUACAAGUUGAUCAGCAAAUUUGCUGAUUUCUUCUUAUCUCCUGCAAAGGUAUAGUGUAAAUUUGAUCUCCUGCUAAUGUACACCAAUGAAAAUUAUUGAAAAAUAGGUGAGAUCUUAAAAUCACCCAUUGAUACCGGGGAGAGGGGGUGGUUUUGUUAAAAUAAAUCAAACCAAAAACACUACCACAUUACAGUUAGACAAAUAAAAAAUUAUUUUACUCAUUCCCAAUUAAUUCCAGCAGCUGUAACAAUUUUUGUUGUGUAAACAGAUAAUUUUCAUUCCUCAUCAAGAUGGCUGCUUUUACUUGAUGUUUUUAAAUUUGCCAUUUUAAACAUGUUAAAUGAAGUUCCAUUGAUGAGAUAUUUACCAUUGCUUUAAUAUUUGAAAUGCUUCUAAAAAAACCAAAGUCCAAUUUCAGUUGUAUUGUUAUUGUAACAGAAUUUAAUUAAAAUUAUUAUUAGUGGCCCAGAUUCUGUACAGUGGGCUGUAGUUUCGACACCCCAGAUAUUAGUACUAUUUUAAUAUAUUAAAAUGCAUUCAAUCAGCUUUCACAGGUCUGUUAUCUUUUUUAAAAAAUUGACCAUAUUCUUAUGCACAGAUGUCAGAAGCUUUCAAGAAAGCGGAAGUAAAUGGAAAGAAAAGAAAACUAAGUAAUGGGACCACUAAAUCUGUUGCCAAAAAACUCAAGCUUCAUAAGACUGAGGAGAAGAAUAAAAAAGACAAGCAGCAGUUAAAGACAGUUCAAAUGAACAAAAAAGUGAAGGAUACAGGGUCAGCUACGCCUAAGACCAAAAAAGAUCUAAACUCAUCUGUAGACCUAAAAUCUACUUCUAAAAAUAAAUCUCCUUCCAAAAAGAACAAUAGCACCCCUAAGAAAAAUGAUGGUAAAAGUGAUGCCAUUAUUGUAGAUGAUAGUGACUCUGAUGAUGUAUCUCUUGCAAAGUUAAAGCGCAAAAACUCUGUUUGUGAAGCUAGUGAUUCUGAUGAUGUGUCUCUUGCAAAGUUAAAGGGCAACAACUCAGUUUGUGAAGCUGAUUCUGAUGUUCCCCUUUAUCAACUUGUUGAUCAAACCACCCCUAAGAAAAAGAAGAAACCUGCUAAAGAUGAUUCCAGUGAUGAAGAUAAGCCUUUAAGCAAGAUAACACCUGUGAUGUCCAAGAAAUCAACCUCCAAAAGAUCUACCAAUGGAACUCCUAAGAAAAAAGGAAUUUUGACAAAAUCAAUAAAGAAAAAAGACAAAUUGACAGGAAAAAAGAACAAGAAGCAGGACAAUGAGAAAAAAAAAGGGGGCAUGAGACAGGUGACUUUGUAUGACCUAACAAAAAAGGGGAAGAUGGAGCAUAAAGUUAAAGCAGACCACACAACACCACAAAAAAAAUCUCAGGCAAACACGACCAAGUCUCCACCCAGACCACCACCAACACCAGCAAUUGUAAAAAAGCUUCUAAAUUUAAAACGUGAGACUAUGUAUGAAAAAAUGAAGUACUCAUUGCUGCUAAAAAAGGUAGCCACAACUCUUUCACCUGUGCAGAUUAAAAACCUACCAGAAAAGCUGAAGGAAACUGUUGAGCAGAAAAAGAAGAAGAUUGAAGAGCAGAAGAAAAUAUCAAAGAUGACACCUGAAGAGAGGGAGGCAUUCCUCAAAGAGAAGCGCCUGGAGGCUAAGCGUCGCCAGAAAGAACAACUUUUGCUGAAGCACAGGAAUCAGAGGAAAAGGUUCGAGGAUACUGAGCUUGAGCUCACUCCAUUGCCUCAAGCAAAGCUAGUUUUAACACCAGAAGGCUUCCCAAAUGCACUAUUUGGUGAUGUCGCAAUGGUGACCGAGUUUAUCAACUGUUAUAGUGGGCUCCUUAUGCCAGAAUCUGAAUAUCCAAUCUACACUGAUGCCUUAAUGAAAGCCUUGGUUGGUGGCUCAUCAGGCUUUACAUAUCUCUCUCGAGUUCUGAAUGUUCUCCUACAAACUCUUCUACAGGAUCAGAUUGCCAAGGUAAAAAAAAAAACAACAAAAAAAAAUAGUUUUAUUUAAUUGCAUAUAUUUGUAACACUUAUAUCCACAUGAAGUUGAUGAAUUUUAACCUUCAUAUCAUUGCUUUAAUAUUUGAAAUGCUUCUUAAAAAACCAAAGUCCAAUUUCAGUUGUAUUGUUAUUGUAACAGAAUUUAAUUAAAAUUAUUAUUAGUGGCCCAGAUUCUGUACAGUGGACUGUAGUUUCGACUGACCGACUUCUAUAUAACUUAGCAACAGGAAGAAUUCAUUGUUAUGCUACCCUCAGCUUACAACCUUUCCAAAUGGAUAGAUCGCAACUUUUUAAAUGAAAAUAACUUGUUUAAAAUCUCAUUUUCAAUCAAAUUUUAAUUUUUUUACACAGUAAAUUUUAGUAAUUUUGUAAAAAUUGGUCUUAGGUGAUGAAUUUGAUAGCAAUUUUGAUUUUGUUAUGAAUAAUUCAUUGGUUUACUAAACUAGUUUUAGCAAUACAGAUUCCUAUAUUAAAAUUAACAAAGGGCAAAAAAUAUUGUCCAUCUUGUCCAUCAUAUCUGGUUGGGGGAGUCAUAUGGAUAGGUUUUUCUCAAUCUAUGCGCUAUGUGGAUAUAAAGUGUUAAUUAUUUAAUUUUUAAACCCAGAAUAUUUGGUUUGGAUUGUAUUAUUUUAUCUACCCAGAAAUCUUCUUUAUCAUGUUCUAUGUGAUUCCUUCUAAUAUAAUUAAUUAGUAUACUUUUGGUUGUGAGGUUAUCAACUUUAAAUAAAGGUGAUCUGUUCCAGGGUUACAAAGAAUUCAACACACAGUUAUCUGACAUAGCUGUGAGUGCUUACACAGCCUCAGAGCUAGUAAGGUUAUGUUUGUGCUGUGAGAAUGGAGAUGAUGAUCCAGAGGAAGAUGUGGUAAGUUUUUACAAAUGAAAAUAGGGCUGUAUAUAUAUAUAUAUAUAUAUAUAUACACAGACAUUUUUUUUUAAUGCCUAAAAUUAAUGUUCAAUAAAACAUUUAAUUGAAACCCAUUGGUCUACAAAUAACAGUAUUUACCUACUUAUUAUUUUUUCUGUAACAGCCAGAAGAAUACAUCCAAUUGUUGAAGGACUCUGAAUUUUACCAACUUGAUGUGGAAAAAAAAUUAUGCGUGCUACGUGGCUUGUGCUCACGUGUAUUGGCCACAUACUCGGUUCAGGAUUAUAUGGAGGAACAACAGCGCAAAGCUAAUGUUCUUAUGUAUGUAUUUUGUUUUAAAAAGAUUUUUCUUUAUAGUUCUUUUCUUCCCCUGUGUUCCUUCUUUUAAAUAUAUUUUUUUAUCACUUGAUAAUAAUGUGAUUGAAUGAAGAUUUACACAAGGAAAUUAAUUUUAACAUCUCUAUCUCAUAUUAUACUUUCAGUUUUAGAAAAAAAAUAAUUACAACUCCUUAAAAUGUUUACAAUAGAAACUCAAUUUUCCUGGACGUAUUUCACAAAUUAGCAGUGUAACAGUUAAACAAAACUUGAAUCACACAUGUUUAGAAAAUACUCUGUAUGCCAUGGAUUAUCCAUAUAAAAAUCUUUUAAAAAGUUUUUAUUAUAACGGAAAUACCACACUGUCAAAAAUUUUCUAAAUAUUAAUUUUAUCCUGUAAUUUUUCAAUGAUUCACAACCUUUUCUGCAGGAGACAAAAACAGACAGAAUUGAAACAAUUGGCAGCUCAAAAAAAGAAAUCUGGGAAACAAGAGAGUAAUGAAGACAAACUGAAGACAAGUGAUGACAAAAAAGAUGAGAAAACAGUUACAGAACAGAAGUGUAGCCCAAAAGAUUGUUCUGUAAAUAUCAAGACUUUUUAUGGAAAAGAAGCUGAAGACAGUGGGGAGGAGGUCAAUUCAAUAGGAUCAAUUAUCAAAAGGAGGCGGCUCUUGGCUGCAAAAGCUGCUGCAGAAAAGGAAAGAGAAAGGGCUUUGAAGGAAAAGGAAAUACGGGUACUUUUAAUUUUAACCUUUAACAUUUUCUUUAAGAAUAAGACCGUCGUUCUCUGAAUUUUUAAUAUAUUUUUUUUAGAAAAUAAUUAUUUUAAAUUCUUUCAAAUGUAUAUCAAAGAAAAUAAUUCACAAUAAUUAUUGUAAAUGAAAUUUUUCCUGGAUUAAUGAUGUGAAGUAAUGUAAUCAUUCGGUGCCAUUUUAUGAUUUAAAGGUUAUAAAUAAAAUUGUACAACAAAAAUCUUUUAUUUACUUGUCAACGAACAGGAAGAAAGAGAGAAAGAAAAGCUUAAGAAAAAGGCAGAUCAAAUGGAAGAAGCCAUAAAUCUUGCACGGAUGGUUCUGAGGCAGGAGUCAAUUGGUACUGACAGACAUCAUAACAGAUAUUGGGUAUUUACCAACACAACACCAGGAUUAUAUGUUGAGAAAGGUAUUUUAUAAUAUUACUCCCAGUUUAAUUUUUUUCUUUUGCAACCUUUUACAGCACUUGAUAAAAAUGUAAAGCUUCUAAAAUUAUUAAGCUUUGUUUAUCAUCAAUAAAUUUAGUAAAAAAUAAAAUUGUAUUUUGCAGACAGAAAUUAUUAGAUAUUUAGAGAAGUUAAAUGAUAAUUGGAAUUUCCAUUUUUCAUCUUUAAAAAUAUCUAUUGAUCAUUUAAAAAAAAAAAAAAUUUAAAUUUAAUUGUUGGGAUAUAAAUAAUGGACAUUUUUAAAAAAUACCUGCAUCUUUUAAUAACAUUAAAUUAACCAUCAUCAGAAUUGAGAUGACUGAUUGCAGAAUCUUAGUCAAAUUCACUUGUGUCAUGUGCAUAUUGAUGUGUUCAUUUUUUAAACAAAACUGUAUUACAUGUCCCAGAUAACUUAGCUGGAUAAUAAUUGGUAGAAAUAUGUAACGAGUAUACUAUUUUCAAAUUAAAACUACACUGGCCCAUGCACAUAUUCUCUGGUACAUCUAUUAAUGGAUAUGCGAGAACAAUAUUCCACAGCUUAUUUUAAAAUCUUAGAAUACAGUUCAAAAUCAAAACAAAUGAAACGCAAUUAACUAAGUUAACUAAUUCUUGAAGCUGAAAGCUUCAUGAAGUACAACACAAAAACAAUUUAAAAUAAAAAAAUUGGAGUUGCCAGUUUCUAUUUCCAUACAUUUCCUGACUUUGUCCAUUUGUUUAAAGUACCUAAAAACCAUAGAUGAAGGUCUAGAAACACUGGGAAAUUUGUUUUUAUAAGGAAAUCUGUUGGUUUGCCAAAAGAAAAUCAAUUUCUACAUUCUUAAAUUAAUUUCAAAGAGUUAAGAUAAUAAAUUUAAAUUUAUUUUCCAGGUUGGAUGGGUGAAGAAGUUAAUUACACUGUGCCAAAGAAUCCCUCAACUGAAGAUAAGAUGUCAGAUAGUGAAGAGGAAUCAUUCACUGUUCCAGACCAGACUGGCUCAACACCUCUUAAAGUUGUUUACAAGACAAAAAGACAUGUCAUUGAAACUAGGUAAAAAAUAACGAAAAAAAGAAAAGGAAACCUAUUUAACUUUUUAUUAUUAUAUUGUUUGCACCAUAAUUUAUUCAUUUUUGACAUAAACCUUUUUUAAAUCUCUAACUUACACCGUUUGAAAAAAAGGAUUUAAAAGGGCAAGAUGAUUAAUAGUCUAAAUCAGGAUGCAACUAAAAUGUUCAUUUGCAUUUAAAGUAUGAACAGUUUUUUUUUUAAAGUAGUUGUUUUUUCUCAAGUAUAAAUACUUUUACUAUUAUUAUUUUUUAAAGUCUUUUGUUUGCUUUUGUUUUAAGUGUACCCCAUCCAGGACAGAACUUGUGGUUCACCUACAGAACUCAGAAAGAACUUGAUGCACUUCUAAAAGCACUUCAUCCUCAAGGAAUCAGGGAGAGUCUGCUCAUGACAGAAAUAAAGAGGCGCUUUGAUGAUAUAUCGCAAUCAAUCAUUCUUGUUAGUAAUAGCUCUUAUUCUUUGAUUAUUGGUUUCUUGCACGCUACUUACUGGCGAUAACUUAUUAUAUAUUAUAUUAAUUACUUGAUUCAAUGACAAAUCUAAAGAUCGCCAAAUAUCAAUGAACUCGAGAAGUAUAAAUGGAUAUUUUUUCCAUACAAACAUUUCAAUCAACAUAGUUUUCUUGGUAUCUAAACGAAAAAAGGUAAUGAUCAUGUUCUCAUGAACUUUUAAGGCUCAGAGGACAAAGUUAGAGCUGAGGGAUUCAGAUGGCGAUGUAGAAAUGAUGGCAAGUUUCAAAAGAGAACUUUCAGACAUGGAGCUGAGACUCAGGAAUGGUGGACUUGGUGGUGUCCCCAACUUUAAUGAAUGGGAGGCUCGACUGAUGGAAGCUAUUGACAUAUCUGUCUUGGUAGGUACCAGUCAUGGGUUUUGACAUUAACUAUUUCCCUACGGCAGUGCUACUUCUGUACUUAAUUUAUAUUCCUGAGAAUAGGGAAGUAACUCAGUUUUGAAAUUGAUUUACAUUUUUGAAAUAUUUUUUUUAAGCUGCUAAAUAUUAAUAAAUGUUAAUGAAUUAAGGACGAAUGCAUCAAAAAAUGAAUACGGUUUAAUAAAAAAAAAAACAGAACAUUAGCGGCGAAAAAAAUAAUGAACAAUGGCCAAAAAAAAAAAGAUUUUUGGCACCUCGGACGAACACAUGAAUAGACGUGCCAUACUAUAGCACACGUAGUUUUAAAGUGAAGCAAGAUAACAACUUUCGGUUUUGAAAUUAAAUCACGGCAUAGCCGGAAGUCUCGAGGGAUGCAAGAUUUCAUUGCUAUUUUUAACUAAAAAUGAGAGAGAGGUGUCGCUAUGCGACGGGACGCAUUUGGACCCAUCCGUUAGAACCCCUAAAGGAUGCAUUUAGUUGCAACCGCCGGGAAUGAGUUAAUAGGGGAUUAUAAUUUUAAACAGAAAUAUGCUAUUUGAUCUUUACCUUAGUUGUAUUCCAUUUUUUUAUUUAGAUUAUAAAUAUAUAUUCUACCAAUCUAAAUGGUCUUAAGGGGGGCAGGCUACCAAAAAAAAUAAUUUUUUAAUUAACCAACUUAAAGCAACUAUUUUAUUAUGGUCAUGUUAAACUAUGAAUGGAGAAAAAAUAUAUAUAGUUGCCAAUGGCAACGGCGGCCAUCUUGAAAAUAAUACCCAUUCAUAGAGUUCUAAAAUUUUAAAAACAAACAUACCUAUUGCUUAAAAAAUGAUUGAUUCAUGAACUUCAAUUAUAUUUAGAGGUACUGAGCUAGUUUAAUUUCCUUCAAACUUUUCAAAACAUUUUCUUUUUAAAUUUUUAAAAUUUGCCUCUGCAGAAAACGCUUAAAAUUUACCAUCCUAAGAUAUGGAAAAAAAAUAUUUUAACAAAAGUAAUUGACCAAAUUGACUUUUGAAUAGCUCAUUACCCACUAAAUAGUUAAAGGAAGAUACACACCAAAUUGUAUUACUCUAGCUUGUAUAUUAGCUGAGAUUUUAGAAUUCUACGUUACAAAACAACAGAAAAAAACAAUUUUGAGAAAAAUCAAUUUUAAACUUUAAAAGUGAAAAAUUUUAAGUUUAAUAUGAAAAAUAUGUUCUUUUACAUAGUUUUUUUUGUUCAGCAACAUGGACAUGGUUAUUGAACUGUUGAAUGCACAAGGAACAUGGGUUUCACCCUCUCGAACUUUAUCAGGUGCUCUCUUCAAAAUCACAAUUUUAAAAAAAAAAAUCAUUUUUCCUCUGGAAUGAAGCUAAUUUGUGUUGUAUAAGAAUUUUUUGUUAUUAUAGUAUAACACAAGUUAUCCAAAGUCCCCAAUCAACCCUUAUUGUCCAUGAUCUUUUUAACGAUACUUUUAGAUGACAAGGUUAUGCACUGUCACCAUCACUGAAAUUGAAGCAUAAAUAGUUUCAUGGCAGCAAUGCUAUGUUGAAACUUUUGUACCUAUUCUGUGUACUUCUUUCAUCAAAGAUGUCCCUCAUACCAGAUGUGAAUGAGUUAUUUGUCUAUUAGAAAUGUAAUAAUUGGGCAGAUACUUGCUCAUAAAUGUUUCAUGUCUUUGGCAUACUGCAGUUUUUAUACUUAGUGCAGGUUAUUAAAUUUUGCGGUGCAGUUGGAUUGUAUUUCGCAGAUAUCAUAGAUUGCAACUUUUCAUAGUCCAUGCGAUUGUCCUUCAGGCCAUGAUAGUCUAUAAUUGAUAAUGACUUGGUUAUCCAGUUGUGGAUAUGAACAAUCUAACCACUCACAAUCUAGUAAUUGCUAUAUUCAUAGUAUUUACUAUUUUGUUUUGCAAUCAGCUGUAAGUUAUGGCUUCUGCAAUUUGUCCAUUCCACUGCAGACAGAAGAAAAUUGGUAAAAGCUUUGAAUUAUGAUCAUAUCGAAAUCAAUGUUUAGCAGUCCCUCUGUUGAAUUCUUGUCACUGAAGAAUAAACUUUUGCUCGGCUCUUUAUAACUUUUGGGGGCUGGAAUGGAAUUAAAAAAUUAUAUAAACAUCAUUUAGCAAAUAAUAUAUUGAAAAUGAUCUCAAUAAGCCUAUUAGUAUUAUUUAGAUGUUUAGGAUUGCUUAACUAAAUAUUUAUUUUAUUAUAAUUACUAUUAUUAGUCUAAUGAACUGAUCUUACAAAUAAGAAAUAAAAUAAAACUAAUUAGGCUAUUACUAUUAAUAAUUGUAUGCAGAUAAAAAAAAAUGAAUAAGGUGAUGAUUAAACUAUUUGAGUUAAAACAUUCUUAUACGAAUUAUUUUGCCCAUACUGCUAAUGCCAUAAUUAUAGUAGUAUUACGGCAUAAUCAUAAAAAAAAUUAAUAUUGCAUUGUUGUUACUAACCUUAGUCUUAGCCUAUACUAUUACUUUGAACUACUCGAUUAUUUAUCAAUGUUGUUUUGUUAGACAAAUAUAAAUAAAUAGGCUUAGGAUUCAUAUACUUUAACAAUUCACUUGAUUGGUAAAUAUAAAGACUUAAAGUAGAAACUUAUGUAAUUCUCCGCAUAAGGCAUAAGCUAAACAUAAACUCACAAACAAUCCACAAACACGAUCAUCAUGGCAACACAGUGACAGUACUGACGUCCGAACUGAAUAAUUUCAACUAUCACCGAUUGCGUGUUGCUAAAUUAAGGUAAUUUUUUUUAGUAUACUUACCUUGAAUUUCUGGCUUUUACCGAAUGGGUAAGGUUGUGAAUGUGUAUUUUAAAAUCAAAAUAUGCUGAUGCUUUCGUUUGCAAAAUUUCGUUCUGUACACAGAACCACCAUCCGGUAAACACACAUAAACAACUCGUUUGCGCAUCGCGAGUCAACGGUAUCUUGGUUACCCUCCGUUUGGACCAAUGAAAAUCUGUAAAAUAAUUAUAUAAAUAGAAGCGAAGAAAAUCCUACACACAUUACGCUUGUGGAUCCGAUUAUUUGUAGCAAUUAUAUUUACUAAUUUACUAAUUACGAUUCUAAAUAUGAAAAAAAACUGCUUGAAUUAAUCUUUACGUUGAUAUAUAAUAAUAGCAUAUUAUGUUAUUUAAAACUAGUUUUUUGAGGUCUCAAACAUGGGAUGUGUAUGAAUUUUAUUUCAAAAAUUAGGUCAAUUUUUAGAGUGGGGCGGGGUGUUAAAUAUCAGUUGUUUCACAACAAAUCUUUUAAAAAGGUGGUAUAAAUUGAUUUGUAAUUGAUUUCAUUAAUGUUCAUCUUCGUAAAAAUGAACAAAUAAAAAAAAUGGAUAAUUUUUUAAAAAUUUAGAUAUUUUCGGGCGUUUACCCCCUUAACCAUUGACAAUGUUAUUCCAGAGUUAUAAAUAGAUAUAUUUUUAAAAAUUACAGAUUGAAUGUUUGCUACAAGUUAGAGAAGGUAUCCUAGAAAAGUUUCUCCAAUCUUUUAUGAAACCCAUCAAGUCAGAUGGAGAAAAGAAAGAAGGGAGUGAUGCUGAUGACAAGAAGAGUGAAGGUCAAUAUUUAUUUGAACUUUCUAAGGCGUCACCGAAGCCGAAAUAAAUUUCUAGAAAUAACUACGAAUAUUUUAAUGUUUCUUAAUAGCAUGUCUUAAAAACAAAUUUAAAAAAAAUUGAAUUAGUAAGGUUGUAAAAAGCUCAGAUUUUACUCUUUUUCUUAAAUAAAAUGUCUCUCUAGAUGAAGAUGCCGAAAAACCUCCAGAGAAAGAAGACAAAAGGGAGAAAGCCAUCAGAGCAUGGAAAGAGUCAGUUGAAGGUUGCCAGACACUCUCCAGGUUGCACGUCUUGAUGGCAGUAUUAGAUACUUGUAUCAAGUGGGAAAAAUCAGCAGAGAAUGCUGUAAGCCAUUUUCUUGUUAUACGGGACAUUUUUAAUUUCUCUUUUUAAUGUACUGUUUUAAUGUCUUCAUAUAAUCUUCAUUCAAACUUUAGCUUUUAAAUUCUUUAAUCUUAAAAUAUAUACACACCCCUUUUAUGAUAUUAAGCUAAUGACAACAAUUAUUUAAUAAAAUAUAUAAAAACAUAUAUAAAAAUGUAAAUAAAUUAAUUAAUUUUUUAAAAUGUACCUUUAAAAAAAUUAAAUAUUUAGUAUAGAUUCUGAUUAAAGAUUGUGAAGACUUGACAGCGUAUUUUUUGCUUUUAUUUUUAAAGUUAUGAUACAAAGCUUUAAUUUUUUGGGAGAAAGUUGUGAUAAUUCAGUUCUAAAAUUUUAAGUAAAUUCUUAUGUAAAUGGCUCUGAAGUAAAACUUAAUUAAUUCACAGAAAUGUAAAAUCUGUCGAAAGAAAUGUGAUGAUGCCCAUCUGUUGUUAUGUGAUGAAUGUAACCAAGCUUUCCAUAUGUACUGUCUGCGACCAGCUCUUUCCAAACUACCCAGUGGUGAUUGGUUCUGUCCUGCUUGCAAGGUAUGUCAGCUCAAUAUAAAUUAUUUUGAAUUGAGAUGUUUUCCUUUUUAUAUAAAUGAAUUACCUUCCAUAAUAAACUAAUGGGUGACUGAUAAUAUUUUCAUCUACUCUAAUAUAUUUAGGUAAUUUGCACAUAACUAGUAGAAACUGAUUGUGUAGUCAUGAGUCAUAUGGUAUCCACCCUCCAUGACACUGGACAUUGAGCUCACAGAUGCUUGCAUUACCCAAGGGGUGCCCAUGGAAAGAUACUCCUUAAUUUAAAUUCAUAUGCUUCUUAUUUAAUUGAUAAAGAAAUAAGUUUUUAUUUACAUUUUGUUUAAUUAAAUAAGGUAAACAAUACUGUGCACUAACACUGCAUUUACACAAAUUGUGUUGUUUAUAGAAAUGGAAGUGUAUUCAGACCUUGGGAUCAAAUCCAUUUGCCUGGUUCAUAAUUUUUAGAUCUAAUUCAUAUCUUAAUAACCCUUGGCAGCUAAAAGGUUUUACAACCUGACUGAUUAGUGAAUACAAAAUUGUUGGUUGCUUGUAUUUUUUUUUUUUUUUUAUUAAUUUUUUAAUAGUUUUGUUUUGUUUUUUUUUUUUUUUUUUUUUUUUUUUUUUUUUAAUAAUAUUUACAAAGAUUAGUUCACUCGAUCAUAUUUUUUUAAUUUUACUUUUUUUAAAUUUCUUUCAGCAACGAAAGCCCCAAGUGAGACAUCUAGAGGUAUGUUUUGUUAAUUUUAAGAGAGUAAAUUGUGUAAUUAUUUAGUUGUGAUUUUUGUUUCCCAGAAGAAAAUUAAAAUAGUACUGUAAUCGUAAAUAUUGGCUAAAAAAAAAUUUGCUAUUUUUAUGUUAUUAGUCUGACAGUGAAGCUGAAGAGGAAGAAGAAAGGAAUGAUGCCUGCAUAGAGUGUGGGGGGAAGGAGAAACUCAUUUUCUGCUCAAAGUGUCCAGCUGCAUUCCAUACACAAUGCCAUGAUCCUCCACUUCGACAUCCACCAAGGUAGGUCUGGACAUCAGUUUAAAGCUUCUUUUACGUUCUACAUCUCCUUGUGCAAUGCAAUUGUGAAACCAAUGUUUGUAAGUUAUUGUGUGGAAGAAAAAAAAAAGACAUUAAUUUUUAAAAAAAACUGUUGGUGCACAAGAAGCCUGUAUAUUUUUGUCCUACUAAAGAGUAGGAAAAUCAACUUUUAACCUUAAUGUAACAUUUUGUAAUUUAUACAUUAUGUUUAGCUGCUAGCAAUAUAACCUUUAACUGAUUCAAUUAAUUUAUUAUUUUACGUUAUAUUUCUUAAAAUACAAGAAAUGUAAUCAGUAAAAAUUCUAAUAUUCAUGAAUAGUUGUCAUUCUAAUAUUACUAAUAUUUAUUUUAUGUGUGAAGUUUCCCCUUUAUUUUAAUAAUCUUUUUUUUUAAAAUUACUCAACAGGGGUGUUUGGGAAUGUUCUGAUUGUAAAAAUGGGGUCAACAAACGAAGACGGGGCAAGUUUGCUAGAAAAGGUAUGAAUAUUGGUGGCUGUUUAGAUCUUUAAAAUAAUUUCUAAAAUGCUUAAAAUAAUAUAUAAAUAUAUUUAGAUCAGACAUUUCAAUGAAUAUUGUAAGAGAUAUUAAUGGAGAUAUCAGGAGAAUUUUAAAUCAUUUCUGUCACAGUAUAAUUGGAUAACUUUAUUAAAUAGUUACCUCAAUGUGAAAUAUAACUUCUACUUCAAAGAUUUAUUUUAAAAUGUAUGAAAUGAUUUUUUUGAAUUGAUUUGAUCAUCAAUAUGCUUUUCAAUUAAAAAAUUGAACCUACCCAUAUAUCAGUAGCCCCAAAAAGAAAUUACAGACAAGAAGCAUCUGGAAGUGAAGAUGAUGAUGAGGAGGAGGAGGAGGAAGAUGAUGAUGAUGAUACUGAGGAGGAAGAGGUGACGCCAACAAGGUCAAAAGGUAGACCCAAAGGAUCAUCAAGCAGCAGAAAUAAAAAACAGUCACACUCUGCAAAGGAGGCAAAUCAUUCAAGCAGGUCACGUAGCCACAAAGAAAAUGUUCAUGUUACACCAACACUCAGAGGAUCUCGUCGUGGCCCAUCUGAACUAAGUGUAAGGGGUAUUUUGUCACUAUACUUGCACUAACUUAAGGCAAUUUUUAAAAAGCAAAUUAUUUACCUUAUAAUGUUAAUACAUUUUUUUGUUAUUUGGGGGGGGGGGGGGGGGUUAAAAAAAAAAAAAUUAAUAUUAAAAAAAAAAAAAAAAAAAAUUUGUUACUUAAUAAAACUUAUUUUAACUGGAUACUGUUCAUUAUUUUCUUCUAAUGGACUGUUACAUUUUUUUCAGCUCUGUGAAGAAGUUUUGCAAAAAGUAAUGAAGCACAAAUCAAGUUGGCCCUUCUUAGAACCUGUUGAUAAAAAAUUGGUAAAUUUUAAUUCUAUGCUGAUACCAUAAUGGAAUAGGAAUUUGUUUAAAACAUAACACCAAAACCUUGAAUUAUAACAUUCUGCAGCAUAGCUUUUUACUUGUCUUAUUGAUUAUUAAAACUAAUUUUGGUUUAGGUCCCAGACUACUACGUAUUGAUCAAGAAACCCAUGGACUUUCAGACCAUGUUGAAAAAAUGUACAAGGCUCAGCUAUGCCUCUCCUCAAGAGUUCAUUGAAGAUGCUGCCCUUGUCUUUGAGAAUGCUGAAACCUACAACAAGGUAAAUUAUGUUAAUCUUUUAAAACUAACAUUUGACUUAAAUUACCUGGUUGUGUUUUAAAUUGUUGUGUUUUUAGUGAGAGAAUACCUGUCUCCAUGCCAUUGAUUUGUAAGAUAUUUCUAGUGACAGUCUUCAACCUGUUCACUCGUAUGAUUUUGGUGUAUUUUUUUCGUUUUUGACAUGUCAUUAACGAUAGAAUAAUGCCAAGCCCUAUCAGAACUACGAUUUUUAAGAGACCAGGUUUAAAAUAUAUGCAUUCUAGUAGUUUUUCUUGAUGAAAAAAAUUAAAAAGUACAUUGCGGUAGUUAAUUUUAGCUCCUUUCUACAUCCAGUGUUGAAUGGAUCAAGAGAUACAAUUGUUUGGGGACCAUCUACAAUUAUAUUACUUUUGACCUGAGAGGGGAUGGGGUGGUGUUAAUUUAGAUUUUGUGUACCGAUUGGGGGGAGGGGGGGAUGUUAAAUAUUGAAGUCUAUAAAAAAAUAACACUGCAACAUUUUUGCAAUGAUGGUCCUAUUGUUGCUUUGUGUUCUCGCAAUGAACUACCUAGAUACAGCAACAGUAAUAUUAGUGUAGUCACCCUAGUUAAAUUUUAGUCCAUCCUCGCUUUUGUUUGUUUUGGUGCUGUAUGAUGUAAUUUUGUGACAUGUCUUUCUGCUUCACCAUGGCAGGUGCAAAAACGGAGGAAACUUUUUUUUAAAAAAUUUAAAAUAAUGCAUUCUCGACUGUUCAGCAGAGCACCAUUAGAUUUAGACAUAUUUUAUAGGAUCCGGGAGGGCUUUUGCAAUUAUUUUUCAACACACAAAGCAGCUGUACAAAUUUUAAUACCCCAGUUUGGCUACAACACUCCUGUUCCUUUCACUUAUUUACAUAAUGUGUUAGUUAUCAGACUAAAUUUUAACUGGAAAUUGACUUAAUGGAUAUUGAUUCUUAUUUUUUUGUGUGGAAAACCAGCAUUUUUUUCUAAAAAAUGCAUCUCAAGUUAUUAGGUAGGCUUUGUAAAUGACACCCUCAUUUACUAAUUAAUUCUUCUUCCAAUAAAUUUUGAAUUAUACUGGACUGAUUUCAAGUUAGAACCAAGUUAAAUUUCACCCGUAACUUUAUUUUUACCAAUGACAAACUCUGAUAAUGUGAUCUGCACAUUCACCCAAAUGUUCAUUGGUAUCUAUAGCAGAUACAUUUCUGCAACAAAAAAAAGUCGACCGCAGAAUGCAAUAUAAACAUCAUUCAUCUACUUUUUGAAGUUACCUUUUUUGAUGUCAUCUUAAUCAAUCCCACUCGACUCACGAUUUUUUUUACUAUUAACAUACUGGAUUGUACUAGUUUGAGACAAUAUUGUAUGAUUUUAGUAGUUUGAUGGUAGCCAGGUCUGGAGUCUGUGAUAAAUUUAAAUAAAAUUCAUUUAUAAAUCAUACUUAGAUAAUUAUGUAAUUCUUGAAAUAUUUGUUUUUUUUUCAAAAAGUAGGAUGGUAUAAUUAGGAUUUUUUAUGUCACUCAUACAAGUUGGCACCCGAUUAAAAAAAUUUUAAUUAAGGAUUUCUACCUUUUCUUUCUUAAUUUUUUUUAUUUUUUGCUAUAGUACCCAUCAUUUAAUUGAUUUUUUUUUGGUUUUCAAAUCACUUUUUAGUUAUAUGCUGCGUUAAACAUGCUGUAAAAACAUUUUAAUGGUACAACUACUUAGUACAUCAUAAAUGUAUCGAUGCUUUCACAGCCUGGCAGUGAAGUGUUCAAUUGUAUGAGAGAAGUAGAGAAGGUGCUUAAAGAUGCACUGCAUAAGGUGCUACCUGACUGGCCAUUCUACAGAACAGUGGUAGAAAGAGAGGAGAACUCUAGCGGCAGUGAGACGGGGCGGCGGAGAUCUCGAAAUAAAUAAAAACUUUCACGAUGGAGAUUGUAAUCAUCUUUGUUGAGCAGGCUAAAUAUCUAUUAAAUCUUGUAAAAAAUUACAUAACACUUAAUUAGUAGCAUUGUCCUAUUGUCACUUCAAUUAAUUGAAUAUUUUAAAACAACCAUUUUAUGACAAAUAAAUAGGAAAAUUAAAGUGUGGUCUUAACAUUUUUUAGUCAAUGAUACUCAACUAUUACCAUACAGACAUUAAGGAUACUCAACUAUUAACAUACAGGCACACUUAAUUUUCUUUGUAUUAAAUCAUACAGUCAUAUUCGAAUAAAAAUGAAAAAAAUUGGACUGA